CAAAACACGUUUUUUUGUUUUGUUAUUCACUUGAAUUCAUUCAGGAAUAUAUACUCACAACUAAUAAUCUCUUCUUUUAACCCAUUUUAUGGCUGCCGAAUCCCAAUCGCAGAAAAAGAGUUACUGUCUGGUGGGCGAUACAUAUGACGGUGUCAUGAUUGUACCCAAGGAGUUCCACCUUUCCCCUACCAUGGACCCUCAAUUCAACCUUCAACUCAACUUCCCUGACGUCGGCCAAGCCUUUAAUGAUUUUAUCAAGACUAGAGAAGUUGGUGAAUUUCUGAGUGGGGCUUUGGCUGGGGCCAUGACCAAGGCCGUUCUAGCUCCUCUUGAAACCAUCAGGUUCAUCUUCUCGAUUCUGACUAGAAUGGUAGUCGGCGUUGGGUCCAGAAACAUCGGUACAAGUUUUGUUCAGGUUGUUGAACAGCAGGGUUGGCAAGGUCUGUGGUCUGGUAACGCAAUUAACAUGCUACGCAUAAUUCCAUCACAGGCAAUUGAACUCGGGACAUUUGAGUGUGUCAAACGAGCAAUGACUUCCGCACAAGAGAAAUGGAUGGAUACUGCUUGCCCCAAGAUACAGAUAGGUAAUGCUAGCAUCAGCUUUUCUCUCUCAUGGCUAUCCCCAGUUGCUGUUGCUGGUGCUGCUGCUGGAGUUGUAAGCACACUUGCAUGUCAUCCCCUUGAAGUGCUCAAGGAUCGGUUGACUGUGAAUCCCGAGGUCUACCCCAGUCUACGCAUUGCAGUUCGCAAGAUUUACAAGGAGGGUGGAAUUGGAGGCUUGUAUGCUGGACUUGGGCCAACAUUAAUUGGCAUGCUCCCAUACAGCACUUGUUACUAUUUCAUGUACGAGACAAUUAAGAAGUCAUAUUGCCAAGCACAGAAGAAAGAAUCUCUAAGCCGUGCGGAGAUGCUUCUAGUUGGAGCUUUCUCAGGUUUAACAGCAAGCACUAUUAGUUAUCCAUUGGAGGUGGCGAGAAAGCGGCUAAUGGUGGGUGCUUUGCAAGGUAAGUGUCCACCGAACAUGGUCGCAGCACUAUCAGAAGUCAUUAGGGCGGAGGGUCUGUUAGGCCUUUAUAGAGGCUGGGGUGCGAGUUGCUUAAAAGUAAUGCCAUCAUCAGGCAUUACUUGGACGUUUUAUGAAGCUUGGAAAGAUAUAUUGCUUGCUGAUAGACGCCAUGCGUGACAGCAGACAUAUAGUACAAUGAUUUGACUAACGUUACGCGCUCAAGCUGGAAGCUAGCGUUGGUUAGAUGGGUUAACUGUGGUGUCUGUCAUCAUAAAAUUUGUUAUAGAUGCGCAUCCACAAAUUUUGCUUCCCAUCUUCCCCACUCUUGGUGAUGGUUGAUGCUCUAAAUUGCACACAUAAGUUGUGUAAUGGUGAUUGUGAGAGAGCUCAGUAAACUUGACGGAGUCUGUUCGCUCUCCCCUUCCCUUAAUUUUUCAUUUACAGUUUAACUUUACUGAGACUGAGCCUGGAAUACCAUGUUUGGCGCAUGUUUGAGAAAUAGAACAAAGCUAGUGUUUGGAUCA